AUGGAAAAACCGUUAACAAUCACAGACCGGUUAAAUGUACUUAAUCAAAAUGUAGACAAUGAAAGCAUUAGUGAAAAUAGUUAUGAGUUUGAACAAAAAGUGUCCUCUGAAACAAAUGUGGCUCAUGUCAAACUACGAGUUACUGCGGAGAAGUCUAUGUUUCAGUCUGCAUUAGGUGGAAUUAUUUCCUGUCUUGGUAGUGCAGUAGGAACAGGAAAUAUUUGGAGAUUUCCUCGUAUUUUGGCAUCACAUAGUUAUUCUACCGGUGCAUUAACAUUUUAUAUAGUAUGGCUUAUUAUCCUAUUUUUAUGGUCCAUACCAAUUAUAAUAGUCGAAUAUUCAAUUGGUAGAUUUACUAGAAACUCUGUUACAUUAGCAUUCUGCAAAUUUUUGGGCAAAAAUUUUUCUGGUUAG